UAGACAUUGUGAUUGUCUAUUUUGACUUGUACCAGACAUGUCAUACAUCUCAGAAAAGUGACUUCUCCAGAGUUGUGCAUAUCGGUUUCAUUAGGAUCAUACAUGUAGCUGAGAAAGGACAGGCAGUCUUAUAUCAUCAAACCGUAAAUCACUUGGGCGCUUUGCCAGGCUACUCUCUUCCGUUCGCUAUGACCUUGAAGGUACACUCCAAAGUACAUCCGGCGUGACUCCGCCUAGACUGGCGGACAAGCUCCAACAACCAUAUGUCGAGAUUACACGAGCGCUACACACUGUACCAGUGAAUUCCAGUGUGUUUACCAAUUUUGAUUUGAUUUAGUUUAUUGCCAGUGAAGCAGUUCAAGAUAAGCUCACUUGUGUGUGGAAGGGAUGUGAAACAAGGUGCACAAAACUGUUUCAAGCUAUGAUUGUCUUUCUCUUGCAAGCUAUUGCUCGCCCAUUUGUCAUCCUCAUUGCUUGGCCACUCAUUGUUUUCAAUGUCAAACUGUGUGGCCAUCGUGUGUCAUGGAACACUCUUCGGCCACAAACAUCACCAGCAGUUUGGUAUUUCGCUGAAGCCAUUGCAUAUUUCAUAUUUUUCGUCAUAAUACUGUUCACAUCAUUUGACAAUGAAUCACACCACUUGACACCCUUGCAGUAUGUUGUGUUGGUCUACGUGCUUGCUCUUCUAUACAAUGAGUUGCUAACCCUGAGCAGAGAAGAAUUUCGAUUCUAUUUCAGACGGCUCGGCCACAAGAGAAAUAUUAUUGGCAUAGUUCUCUUUCUUGCUUUCUAUGUUGUAAGAAUUACUGCCAUCUACAUUGAUGACAGAAAAAUCAUUCGAGUAUACAGCUACAUGCUGGCACUAGCAACAACCGUGUCUUGCACACGACUGCUACAGUAUCUCAGAAUUCAUCCAUUCCUUGGUCCAAUACAGAGAUCAUACGGCAAAAUCCAACAGUGUCUCAUGUCAUUCCUAGUAAUUAUCCUUAUCUACUUGCUGGCAUUUGCAAAGGCCUUGUCUGAUAUUUAUGGAGCAACAAAGUUUGACCAUGAUAUAUCACACGCAAAACAUGAUUCAUCUACAAGCAAUAGUUUGACAGACUGUCCAGCUGAAGCAUUUGACAGGUAGAUAAAGUGUUUAUUCCCAUAUCACAAUUUGAGACUUUUCUCUUUGUGCAGUUUCUAUUCAUCAGCAGAGAGUCUAUUCUGGUCUCUGUUUGGUUUGACAGAACUCGAUCACUUCACCAACUGCACAAAGCCUGAACAAAUAGUUGGAAAACUGGUGUUUGGUCUCUGGAUGAUGCAGGCUACAAUCAUUCUCUUCAACAUGUUAAUCACAAUAGUUACAAACAUGUUUGAUGAACUUCAGGUUGGUCAGCAAUUUGUACAAUUGUGACUCUUGUCUGUCGCCUCC